AUGAAGGUACUGGUCGCAGUUCUCGUGUCCGUGUUCAUGGUGCAGACAGUGGCGGGGGAGGUGGUGAUGCGGAGGAGACGAAACCAAGUUCUCCCGUCCACACAGUUCAUUACCAUAGUAACGCGGACAUCACGACUUAACUACGACAAAUUGGACAUGUGUCCACUGUGUAUCGACUUCGCCGAUGAAGCUAUCGAGAUAUUGAUAUCUUUAUCAUUAGAUAUAGGUGUGAUCGACUCGUGUGGAGUCUUAUGUGAUUUACUUGCCUCAAAAACGGGAAGUCAGGUUCUAGGAGCGCUUUGUAAUUUCUUCUGUGACAUCGAAGGCGCAAAAGAGUUUGCUAAAAUCUUACAGAAGGAGGACCUUGACGAUAUCUAUUUCUGCGAGCUCGUCAAGGGAUGUCCAGUCUUUGAUGGAGGAGAUGCCCGCAUCACUGAACUCACCAUCAGUCCAGUGUCCGGCCCACCGGGUGAAAGGGAGAUCGACUUCAGUUACGUUACUCGGAAUGGAACUGGAACUGGGCAGUUAGAAGUUCACAUUAAUACAGUGGACAAAUUACCACUUGACAUACGACUUUUCAACGAAGCCGCAAAACCAGGCGCCUACUCCUUUAGAUUUAUGCUGGACGCCGAGAAAUCGGACGACUGCCACCCCGAGAAAUUCCCGUGCGAAACGUGGAAGAAAGGAAACUACACGCUCGUAAUAUCUGUUUGCAAUGGUGAAUGUGGCAGCAAACAUCCACACAGCUCAGUAUACGACAUUCGAUUAGUGGGAUUCACCAUCACCGAGUAGAGCGCCUCAAGUUAACAAACAACCGCUAUACGAAUGUGAUCAAACAACCGUUAUACGAAUGUGAUUGUGACGUUGUCAUUAUGACAGUAUCUGUUCCUCUUAAUUUUUACAAUCAUAUGGACACAGGGAUCAAUAAAAUAGCAACACGAAGAAGUGGACACGAAAAACUUCUAAAAGAGAACAACAUGCUAAUUAGUGACAGCACUUGAUAGAACAGACGUUCUUACAGUUUCUGCUUCUGUUUGUUUAGUGGGUUUUUGUUGUUGUUUUUUAUUUAAAGUUUACCAUUCGUAAAAUGAUUGUUGGAUAAAAUUAUUGUUUCUAAAAAUAAAAUAAC